AUGAGAGAAAUCGUUCACGUAUAAGGAGGUUAAUGUGGUAACUAAAUCGGAGCCAAAUUCUGGGAAGUAAUAUCUGAUGAACACGGAAUUGACCCUACCGGAACCUAUCACGGAGACUCCGACUUAUAACUCGAAAGAAUCAAUGUUUAUUACAAUGAAGCAACUGGUGGAAGAUACGUCCCCAGAGCUAUUUUGAUGGACUUAGAACCUGGUACAAUGGACAGUGUAAGAGCAGGACCUUUUGGUUAACUUUUCAGACCUGAUAACUUCGUUUUUGGAUAAACUGGAGCAGGAAACAACUGGGCCAAAGGUCACUAUACUGAAGGUGCUGAAUUAAUUGAUUCAGUAUUAGAUGUAGUUAGAAAAGAAGCUGAAGGUUGUGAUUGUUUACAAGGUUUCUAAAUAACCCAUUCAUUAGGAGGUGGUACCGGAUCUGGUAUGGGUACUUUACUUAUUUCUAAAGUAAGAGAAGAAUAUCCUGAUAGAAUUAUGGAAACAUUCUCCGUAGUUCCUUCCCCUAAAGUAUCUGACACAGUUGUAGAACCUUACAACGCUACUUUAUCAGUCCAUUAACUCGUCGAAAACGCUGAUGAGUGUAUGGUUAUUGACAAUGAAGCCUUAUAUGAUAUUUGCUUCUAAGAACCUUAAAUUAACCUACUCCUACUUAUAUUCCCCGGUCAAUUGAACUCUGAUUUAAGAAAAUUAGCCGUAAACUUGAUUCCUUUCCCCAGAUUGCAUUUCUUUAUGAUCGGUUUCGCUCCUUUAACCUCAAGAGGAUCUUAAUAAUAUAGAGCUUUGACUGUUCCUGAAUUAACCUAAUAAAUGUUUGAUGCUAAAAAUAUGAUGUGCGCCGCAGAUCCUAGACACGGAAGAUAUUUAACUGCCUCCGCCUUAUUUAGAGGAAGAAUGUCCACCAAAGAAGUCGAUGAAUAAAUGCUUAAUGUUUAAAAUAAAAACUCAUCUUAUUUCGUUGAAUGGAUUCCUAAUAAUAUUAAAUCCUCAAUUUGUGAUAUCCCCCCUAAAGGAUUAAAAAUGGCCGUCACUUUUGUAGGAAACUCAACUGCUAUUUAAGAAAUGUUUAAGAGAGUUGCUGAAUAAUUCACUGCUAUGUUCAGAAGAAAAGCUUUCUUACAUUGGUAUACUGGUGAAGGUAUGGACGAAAUGGAAUUCACUGAAGCUGAAUCUAAUAUGAACGAUCUCGUUUCUGAAUAUUAAUAAUAUUAAGAUGCUACUGCUGAAGAAGAAGGAGAAUUCGAUGAAGAAGAAGGAGCUUAAUGA